GUACUGGUGGCUACCAACCCGACAACAGUGGCGCCUAUACUGGAGACACCAAUACCGGUUUUCCUGGGGCAAUCAAAUACACAUCAGGAGCCGGACCCACUGGACCACCAGCUCCACCAUAUGUGCAUAUAGUUGGACCUGAGGGCGGCUUCGGCGGCAAUGGAGGCAAAGGCGAUGGCGGCGGAUUCGGUCCCAACGGACCCGGCGGACCAAAGGGACCUGGCGGACCCGGCGGACCACGCGGACCAGGCGGACCAAAGGGACCCCCCGGCCCACCCGGACCACCAGGACCACCCGGACCUAACGGACCCGAUCGUCCAGGACCUAAAGGACCAUUCGGCCCACCAGGACCUCCCGGACCACCCGGUCCCACACGUCCAGGCCCACCCGGACCACCCGGCCCUCAACGUCCAGGCCCACCAGGACCACCAGGACCUCCCGGCCCACGUCCACCAUACAAGCCAGAUGAUCCCAGAUAUUCGAACAAGGAUCCCGAAGCUUACCUGCCGCCAGUUGAGGGUCCCGGCUAUCACUAUUAAUACGGAAAGACCAGUAAAAGGCAUUACAAAAGUACCAACGGGUAAUAUAAUUACACCUAAGACACCCACACAAGCACCCACACGCAGACCAACACCAGCACCGACACCGACACCCACACCAUACAAACCAAUACAGCCACAACCGCCACACUUUGUCAACACUCCGAAGCCGGUGCCCGUGGUACCGAUCGAACCAAUACGACCAACGAUCAGUGUGCCGACAUAUAACCCAUCGACACCCAGGCCAUUUGAGCCAGCACCGACCAACAGACCGACUGCCCGACCACCCAUUUACAUUGAACCGAAGCCGGUGAAACCGGUUUACGUUGACCGAACGCCAAUCACCAGCAAGAAUGUAACUCCACGUCCCUCUCCCCCAUUGCAUGUGACGUCGCAACCGCCAAGCAGCGAAACCUGCGUUUGUAAUGCCGAUAAGCCGCACUCUUCAAAGCCAACCUAUACCUCCUCCGCAUCCUAUCCCAACUCGAAUCCGGCCUCGGUCGACUUUAACAAACAAUUCACCGGCUUCAAUGGAAACCCGAAUUUCGGCAGCAUAAUGAACGCCAUGUCACUAACCCAACUGCCCGUCGUGCCACAGGCACCUGGCCUGCCGGCCUUCUAUCCACCCGACAAGAUUCCUAAGGGUGCUGUGAUCGCCUUCAUGCCCGUGGUCAUACUGCCAGCGGAGUACUACGCCAAUUGCGAUGACAAUUCGAUUCACACGCCAAACAAAUAUCAAACUGUUGAUCCCUUCCCACUGGGUGUCCAGCCAGCCACGAUACCGAGCAGCUUCAGUGUACACUCAAUUUUCUCGGGCGCCGGACCGAAGGAUCAAUGCAUGUGCCCAUGCUCCUGCACCCAGAAUCUGGACAAAUAUCACAAGAAACGCGAGGCUAAUCCAGCAGACGCGCCCGAGGUGACAGCGACUGUUGAGGAGAACGUCAAGCCAGUGGAACCUGUUGCUGAAGCUUCCACGCCUGUAGAAGUUAAGGCUGAGGCACCAGUUGCUGCUGCUGCCACGCCUGUAGAAAUCAAGGUUGAGGCACCAGUUGCUGAGGCAUCCACACCAGCUGAAACCAAGGCUGAGGCACCCAUUGCUGAAGCUUCCACCCCAGCUGACACCAAGGUUGAGGCACCAGUUGCCGAGGCAUCCACACCAGCUGAAGUGAAGGUUGAUGCACCCAUUGCUGAAGCUUCCACCCCAGCUGAAACCAAGGUUGAGGCACCCAUUGCUGAAACCAAGGCUGAGGCACCCAUUGCUGAGGCAUCUACCCCAGCUGAAGUGAAGGUUGAGGCACCCAUUGCUGAGGCAUCCACGCCUGUAGAAGUCAAAGCUGACGCACCCGUUGCUGAGGCAUCCACGCCUGUAGAAGUCAAGGUUGAGGCACCCGUUGCUGCUGAGACUAAGGUGGAGCCUGUGGCAGAGUCGACAACGAACUAGAGACACUGCAAUUGACGUCUGAACGUCUCCGAAACUCCCCUCAAAUGAUCCCAGUUCCCGCCUACCUCCCGCUCCCAGCACCACCUGUAAUCUCUGCACUACUCCCGCAAUCCGCAGUACCUCAACUAAUCCCAAUUGGCCAGUUAACCAGCGUAGUCUAAGUGUUUUUAUUAACGAGAUAAUACUCUCAGCCAGUAAAGGUUAAAAAAAAAGAUGUAAGAAAAAACAUAAAAAAAGAACUAAAAUGCAAAAUAGAAAAGAAUAGAAAAUAGAGAAGGAAUCAAGUGCCCAUUGAAUGUGUUCAUUUAAUUUGCUUUAAAGAAAAAAGAAGAAACUAAUUUUUUGUUCUUGCUGUAAUCGAAAUGCACUCUAAGCUUCCUGUCAACUAUCAGCCGGGCCAAGACUAUUCCGGACUCGGCUAAAUCUUUUUCUAUUUACUUAACUCUUUUGCAUCUUGAUAUUUGGCAGUGGCGAAAAUAGAAGGAAAUGAGAAGAGAAUUGUGAAAAAAAAAAAAACGAUGGAAAUCCAGUAAUUGUUUGUGACAUGUUGUUUAUUAUGCAUUUUUAUAUAUAUCUAUGUAUUAAUUUGUAUUUUGUUCGCCUUCUUUAGAUUUUAGUUGAUAGUUUAUUUAAUUUCUAUUCUAAUAAUGCUUGAAGCGGAGAAAUGAAUUGUUAUGUCGAAUGUGAAAUUAUGAAAUUAAAUAAAAUGUAAGAAAAAUCAA